GACUAAUUACAUAUUAAUUAAUGAUAAGAACAAGUGAUUAAUAUAACAACUCGAAACCAAACUCAUUGGCCCAAACUUUUAAAUUAAUUCAUAUUCCUAUACGUUAUAUUAACUUCUUAAUUGACCUCUCCCCAACUUAUACGUGUCAACGCUUAGAACCUCGAUUAGAUGCUAAAUGCCCCAUUUAUACAGCUUACAGCAUUUUAAUUUUAGAGGGCAUUGAGCAGAUCCAAAUUUGGACAAGGACUUUGUUACAAUUUGAGUAGCUAGUAACUGGCUAGGAAGACAUUUGUUAUAUUUUAAAAUAUCCACAAGAUAAAGCAAGUAUGAGCAGGUAAGAUUGUUAAGAUAAUACAAAGCUCCCUCCUAAGUUUGGUGUUAAAAAAAAUAAUAUAUAAAAAAUCAUGUACCAUUUGGCCUGCACCAAGUCACAAAAUGACAUACAUUUUAUCUGCUUAGAGAAGCAAAACUCAGAUCAAUUCAACUUGGCUAACCUCUCCACUUUGAUUGUUUCUAACUGGUUGAUUCUUUUAGAAAAUCCACAUCUGCUUUCGUGUGAUGAUUUGUAUAUAUGCAUGUCCUUCCCUAACCUCUCUGUCAAGCAGCUUCAGCUUCUAGCAUUAUCCAAAGCCUUAAAAGUGUAAAAGAGAAAAGAAGACUUUAGCCCCCAUCAAAAUGAAGACAGAACCUCAACCACUUGAGGCUGGUGAAACUUCCAAGCGUUUAACCUCAACACAAGGGGUCACUAGAGGGCUCUCUAUAGUGGACUUAAUUCUUCGAAUUAUUGCAGCUAUUGGAACACUAGGAAGUGCUGUAGCAAUGGGAACAACAAACGAAACACUACCAUUUUUCACACAGUUUGUCCAAUUUUCUGCUCAGUACAAUGAUCUUCCUACUUUCACGUUCUUUGUGAUCGCGAAUUCGAUUGUAUGUGGCUAUCUUGUUGUAAUUUCUCUCCCACUAUCUAUCUUUCACAUCAUCAGGAGUGCAGCAAUAAAUAGUAGGAUCAUCUUGGUCAUCUUUGACACGGUAAUGUUGGCUCUUCUUACUGCUGGAGCUUCUGCAGCAACAGCAAUAGUAUACUUGGCACACAAUGGGAAUGCUAGUGCAAAUUGGGUUGCAAUCUGCCAACAAUUCAAUUCCUUCUGUGAGCGCACUUCUGGAUCUUUGAUUGGCUCUUUUGGAGGAAUACUCAUAUUCAUGCUGCUAAUUGUUACCUCUGCUGUGGCUAUUUCUAGAUGCUAAUCUAUGACAUACAGACAUCCAUGUUCAUUUAUAAGGGUUCUGAAACCAUAAAUCUAGAUAAAAAUUUUCACAACUGCUUACGUAACCUAUUACGAUUGGUACAUAAUAUAAUGUGGUGUCAGUAGUUUAAUCCUUGUAAACUGAUGUUAUUUUGAUCAAAACUUGUCAUGUUAACAAGUUAUGAAAAUUGUGCCCUUAACAUUUCUCUCUGUAAUGGUAAUAUAAAGUAUGUCAGAAGUCAUGUCUAUGAACUUCUUAU